AUGAUGAUAGUGCGUAGAAUUAUCAACUUCUGCUCCUCUAUCGUUUAUAAAACAGCCCACUUUUUCCCAAUAAGACCACAACAAACAAACCAAACAAAAAACUUGAGAACAAAAAAAAUGGCGGAAAUCUCUGGAAUCAAACACCGUACAAUUCAUGUCAACGGCAUAAACAUGCACAUAGCAGAGAAAGGUGACGAGGGGGCUCCUAUAGUGUUAUUCAUCCACGGCUUUCCGGAGCUGUGGUACACUUGGAGGCACCAAAUAGAGGGCAUCUCCGCAAUGGGAUACCGCGCCGUAGCCCCCGAUAUGAGGGGCUACGGCGACACGGAUGCCCCAACCGAUGCCCGUAGUUACACGUACGGGCAUCUAGUUGGGGACUUAAUUGGGUUGAUCGAUGAACUAAAGGCUGAAAAAGUUUUUGUUGUUUCUCAUGAUUGGGGUGCUGUGGUUGCGUGGUGGUUGUGCCUUUUUCGGCCUGAUCGUGUUAAGGCGGCUGUCAAUAUGAGUGUGCCUUUUGCUCCCAGGAAUCCUAAGAUGAAGCCAAUUGAUAUGCUUCGUGCUGGUUAUGGGGAUGAUUACUAUAUUUGCCGUUUUCAGGUACCUGGAGAAAUAGAGGGUGAAAUAACGGAAGCUGGUGGUGCAGACAAGCUACUGAAGAAGGUGUUUGCUUAUCGCAACCCUGCUCAAUUCAUGUUGCCUAAAGGACAGUCGGCCUUCAGUGAGGUUCCCCCUUUCCCCAACUGGUUGUCUGAGGCUGAUGCUGCUUAUUACUGUGAUACAUUCUCGCGUACUGGCUUCACUGGAGGACUUAACUAUUACCGCGCUCUAAAUCUAAAUUGGGAAAUAACAGCACCAUGGACAAGAGCACAAGUGAAAGUACCAGUGAAGUUCAUAGUGGGAGAUUUGGAUCUGACAUAUAAUGCUCCAGGUGUGAAGGAUUAUAUUCACAAAGGUGGAAUGAAAAGGGAUGUGCCACUUUUAGAGGAUGUGGUUGUUCUUCAAGGAGUUGGUCAUUUUCUUCAAGAAGAACAGCCUGAUGUGAUUACCAAGCAUAUUUAUGACUUCAUCAACAAAUUUUAAGGCUGGCUUUUCAUUUGUAAUGGCUUCUUUUGUUUGUGUUGCUUGUUCAUUUCUUUUGGGUCUCUAGUUUCCUAUGUUGCCUUCUAAUAAUUGAAGAAAAUUCUAUUAGAAAGGAAGUUACUACUAGUCUUGUAUA